UAUAGACUUACAAAUAUUUGUUAAAAAUGUCAAUAGCACCAUGAAAGAAGAACAUUUGGAAGCAGCUUUUAGACAAUUCGGAUCUAUAAAGUAUGUUUCUAUCAGCCAUUCAGGCAAUACUGUUUUUAUAGAAUUUACGUCUAUGGAAAGCAGGCAGAAAGCACUUGAUCAGGGUAAAGUGGCCGUGGGUAAUCAGACUGUUUAUGCAGAAAAACCUAGGGUUAACAACCAAUACCAUAAUAACAAUAAUCGCCGUUUCCACCCAAAUCGUAGAGGGGGCGGCGGAACUAGUACUGCUAAUCGAAGUGGAGGUAUGACAACAGGAUCCGAAUCUCUCAAUAAGCGUGGUGGUGGUGCAACAGGAGGUGCCGGGGGACAAAAAUAAUGAUUUACAUAACAACACAAGUUAAAAAGAAUGAAAUUGAAACAAAGAAAAUAACUCUUGUGAUUAUUAUUGUAAGAAUAAAAAUAAAUUAUAAAACUCUUCUACAUGAAAAAUGCACUGCUUUCAAUAAAAAAAAAGCAAGUAGGAUAGUAUAAAUCUAAUCGGUACAGAUGUCCGGGUAGAAUAU